CUUACAUAAAAACAUCCAAAUGUCAUCAAGAGCACAAAAUAUUGUCAAAUUCUGUCUUCAAAUUCAAUCAAUUACAAUUUACAAUUCAAGAAAUCUCAAUGUUUUCAAUUUGGAGUCCAAACAUUUUGCCGAUAAUUCUCCUAAUCAAAGUAAUGUGAUGAACAAAAAAUAAUUAACUCACCCAAUAAAAAAAUGGAUGUUAUUCACCAAUCUUUGAGUCAGCAAACUUUGCAAAGCACCAUUGAAGAUCUUCCAGAUGAAGUGUUAGAAUUUAUUUUGGGGUUUUUACCACCUUACAAAGACUUACAAAAUUGUAUGAUAGUUUGUAAACGGUGGUACAAUUGUUCUCAAAAUGUCUUACAUAAAACAUCAAUAAAAUUGAUAAAAGCCGUGGGAGAGUUCAAAGUAUUAUGGAAAAAUAUAACUUCAACUGACAUGGUGCCCACUAUUACUAAAAGAUUUUCACAUGCUGCAUGUGUACUUGAGAAUAACAUGUACAUAUUUGGAGGCUGCACAACUAAUGCAACUUCGUUUAAUGAUCUCUGGAGGUUUGAUUUAUCCAUUAGACAGUGGGUAAGACCCUUAGCUACUGGCACAUAUCCUGUACCAAAAGCAUAUACUUCAAUGGUUCAUUAUAAAGACUGUUUAAUAGUUUUUGGAGGGUGGACAUAUCCCUCACUCUCGCAAUAUUAUCAAAAUGUUACAAUGUUCAAUGAAAUACACUUUUAUUGUGUAAAUACAAAUAAAUGGAUCCUAAUAAAUGCAACAAACUGUCCUCCACCAAUGGCAGGACAUUCAGCAUGUAUGAAAGGUGACGAAAUGGUUGUGUUUGGAGGAUUAAUUAUGUCACCACUUCAAAAUCAUCAAAUUCAAUGCUCUAAUGAUGUGUGGGUUUUAGACAUACCUACACUUACUUGGAGACUACAAGCCACAACUAAACCAAGGCCUGCACCAAGAUAUGCACAAUCACUGAUUAGUUUGGAUUCAGACAGAUUGAUGCUCCUUGGUGGAGUUCAAACUUUACGUAACCGCUUUGUGUAUAGUGAUUGCUGGGUACUGACAAUGAAAGGCCCAGUGUGGACAUGGAAAGAACUGGCAGUCAAAAACAAAGAAUGGGCUUCUGCUAAUAUAUGGUGCAAUCCUGCUUGCAGAGUUGGUGAUAAGGUUGUGAGUUUAAGUAGAAGUAGAAAUGGUUGGAAUAGUGCUAAACCUUUAGUUACAUCAGCAGUAAGGUUAUCUGCACUGAGUAGACCAGAAGGAAACCCAAUUUCAGUUAGAGUUGAGCAAAGUUUACAAAGACCUUUGGAUAGGGAUCAAAAUAUAAAUGGUCGAAGAGGUGUAUUGCCUAGACGACCAUUAAACCCACCCAGACAAGAACAAGUCAACCCUAAUGAUGAACCAGUUGCUGGUCCCAGUAAUGAGCAUGAAAGAGAAAGGUCUCAACAUCAAGCUGGCAUUGAAAAUCAUUCUGAUCAGAAUGGCCUUGUUGGUGUCAAUUCAGAUGCAAAACAAAGCAAUGGAAUAGACAUUAACAAAAAAGAUUUGGCUUUGAGGAGAAAUAAAAAUAAGAAUAAAGGAAUGAAAAUUGUAAGACAGCUGCAAGAAGCUAAUAAGUACAGGAUGGCAGCAUUUGCAUGUGAUACAUCCCAAAAUAAUACAGCUCCAGAAAAUGAUCUCAUAAAUCAAAGACAAAUAGCUCAUUUAGAAAAUAGAAGAGAACCAUUGCCUUCUCCCCCUAAUCCUCAACCAAGGCAACCUGCAGUAAAGAAAGUCAAACGGAAUACUUUGACUAUGCAUGUUUUAGACAUUUCAACCAUAGUUGACGGUAAUUCCCUCAAUUAUGUGGCAUGGCUCUGUCCUCGUUUAGGUGAAAUGACUGGAGCACCAGAAGAAUUAGUUAUGUAUUCAUUAGUGAAAGGAAAUGGGGAACUAAUAAUGUUUGGUGGUGUUCACAAUGAUAUCAGUAUUUUAAAUUAUGCAGAGCAUCAAAAUAUGUACUCAAAUUCAUUGCAUUUUAUUACACCACCCAGAGAUAUCAUAUGAACAGAUGUGUAAUUCAAAAUGUUGCUUUAUCUUUACUUUUUAAUUUGUGUAUAUUUUCCUAGAUAAUUCUAGAUAUUUAUACCUGCAGACUCUCUGACAUUUUAUGAUUUAAGUUACAAAUUGAUCAGUUAAAGAGAAUUUUCUUGUUUAUCAUGUUACAGUUGCAAAGUCAAACAUUUGCUUUAUAUAACUAAGUCGCUAUCUCAAUUCUUCGCCACUAAUCCUGUUCUAUUUGUACUGUUUCUUAAUAUCAGCAAUCUUAAUAAUAAUGAAAUGUGUUCUGUGAUUUCUGUUGUAAAUAUGGCUUAUUGUAUAUGUAACUAAG